CCCGACAAUCUGUGCCUUGAAUCACUAACGCUAGACUCUGAUAAGCUUCAUUUACAGAGCCAAUGGCUCCUGUUUAUCUUUUUUUAGUCUGGAGCACUGGACUGGCUGCAUGGUGAUUUAAUGUGUACGGGAUGUCACUUCUGCAACCAGAAAGAUGACGUCACCUUUACAGGACUGGACAUGGGAAUCUGCACGGGAGAAAAAUGAUUGCAGAUUGUAACUUGGAAUGUGGGAACAGCAUCGCCCCCUAGAGAGCUCAGCUCUUUAUUGCUGCUUGACGCGUCAGGCUCAAAUAUUGAUCUGUAUGUUAUUGGGUUGCAGGAAGUAAAUUCAAGAGUAGUAAAAUUUCUAUCGGAUUUGGCUUUUGACGACACCUGGAGUCUAUUUCUUAUGGAUAUUUUGGCUCCUCUUGGCUAUAUUAAGCUUUCAUCGAUUCGAAUGCAAGGUCUCCUCCUGUUAAUGUUCGUCAAGCACAAGCACAUUCCUUUCAUCCAGGACAUUCGUACCAAUUACAUUCGCACUGGGCUCUAUGGCUAUUGGGGCAAUAAAGGAGGCGUGACGAUACGCAUGUCUGUGUACGGACACAUGCUGUGCUUCAUGAACUGCCAUCUGCCUGCUCACAUGGAGAACACAAACCAGAGGCUGGAUGACUUUGAGAGGAUGCUUGAGGCCCAACAAUUUGAUGGGGAAAGCAUUGGCGGCAUCCUGGAUCAUGAUGUUGUGUUCUGGUUUGGGGACCUUAACUUUCGGAUUUCAGACUUUGGAAUUCACUUUAUUAGAGAAGUUGUGAAUAGCAAUAGAUAUAAUCUACUAUGGGAAAAGGACCAGUUAAAUAUUGCUAAGAAGAAGGAACGAUUUCUCCAAGGAUUUAUGGAAGGGCCUCUGAAGUUUAAGCCAACAUACAAAUUUGACCUGAACUCAGAUGUAUAUGAUACAAGAUGGAAGAAGUCACUAUUGGGAUUUAACGGAAAGAAACGCAAACCAGCUUGGACAGAUCGCAUUCUUUGGAAAUUAAAGGAAGAUUCCGAAAGUGAACUGGAUGAAGCUGUAGGAUCAGAUUUUGAGCAUAUCUUAAGAAUCAAUUUAGAAAAGUAUACGAGUCACAUGAGCUACGGAAUUAGUGAUCACAAGCCGGUAACGGGAACCUUCACAUUACAGAUGAAGCCUCUGAUCCUCGAACCCCCCGUUACUCUGAGAGCAGAGGGAGAAUGGAACGCCGACCACGACUCUCUCAUCAGCUAUUCUGUGAGCCACGAUUUUCCCAGCAGCACCUGGGACUGGAUUGGGCUUUACAGGGUUGGCUUCAGACAUACUAAUGACUAUGUCACUUAUGCCUGGGUUAAAGAUGAUGAAAUUUCUUUCUGUAAAGACUGUAAUCAGGUUUACAUCAGUGCUGACGAAAUUCCACUUGAUGGAGGUGAAUUUCUGUUGGGCUAUUUCUGUCAUAAUUUGCAGUGUUUGGCUGGCAUCAGUGAGCCUUUUCAGAUACAGCCAGGCAGGACCUUAUCAGCAAAAAAUGGCACAGAAGAAAGUAUUGAUGAUUCCUCCAAGUCCGACAUGUUCACGGGAUCUGGCUUUUAGAAGGCUUGUCAUAUGCUACACGGUUCUUGUAUGUUUGAACGCCUCGCACUGCUUUCCGCCAGUGCAAGAACACAGCAUCUGCUUAGCUUUCUUGUACUCUCAGCAAAAAUGCGUCUACAUCCUCAACGGAGAAUAUACGACAGUAUCACUGGAUACAGCAGAGCACCAAUGGACUAUCUUAGUUUUUUUAAUCAUUGAAAUUCAAAGAGUAGUCUCUUUUUACCUAAGAAGUGUUAUUUUUAGUUAGUAAAUGCAGGUGAAUACAUGGAGGUGCUGCCAACAAUUACUUUUAGCCUAAAUAUUUUGGUUAUAUGUAACUGUUUUGUAGGACCUCUGUGUAUUGUAUCUUACCUACGUGUCCGUCUUAUUUCAGUCUAGUAUGUGCACCCCCUACUGAUGAUUAUCUCCAGGGACUGAUUUGCCCCUCGGUGUACACUGUGCUUUUGGCCAUUUCUAAUCAACAGUUUUAGAAUGUUUGAACAGCCAUUUAUUCCUUUUUCGUCAAGUGGCCUUGUCUGUUGGUUGCACUUAUUUAAAGAAAAAAAGCACACAUCUAAAAAGUUUACAGCUGAGAUAUUAUAACGUGUGACUCUCAAAGAGCAGUAACUGCCGAAGUAAUAUAUCUGUAUGGAAAACAACAGUUUUCUGUAUCUGGUGAGAAAAUAUAUCGGUAGGGUUUUACGUUUAUUACAGCGGUUUACACUGUAUGAUUGCAUUUGGUGCAUCUUUAGGCUACUUUCACACUAGCGUUCGGCUGUCCGCUUGUGAGUUCCGUUUGAAGGGGCUCACAAGCGGCCCCGAACGCUUCCGUCCAGCCCUAAUGCAUUCUCAGUGG